AUGGAUGGCGAGUCACAGGCGCAACGGGAGGCGCGCCUGCGCUCGCUAUGGGCAAAGCUCGACACAAAGCGCAAGGGGACUCUGGACUAUGAAGCUCUAAAGAGAGGUUUGGUUCUGAUGAACCACCCACUCAAAGACGCCGAUGGGCUGAUCAAAGAUAUGCUCACAUCUUGCGAUAUCGACCACGACGGCAAGAUCAGCUACGAUGAAUUCACUCGUUUCUGCACGCGAACGGAAAAGGAGCUCUGGCGGCUCUUCAAGUCGAUCGAUCACGACAACAGUGGCAACCUGGAUAAGAGCGAGCUUUCCGCAGCCUUUGAGCGGGCAGGAGUGGCAGUCUCCAAUGCGCGGCUGGACCGCUUCUUUAGCUACAUCGACAAGGACCACAAUGGGAGAAUCGAUUUCGGCGAAUGGCGCGAUUUUCUGUUAUUUAUGCCGGCAAAUGCGCCAGGCCUCAAAGCCGUAUUCUCCUACUACCAGUCCACCUCCAAACUCACUUCAGAAGGCGACGUGGUAAUCAGCGACGAGGCACUGCAAGGCUUAGGUACGAUCAUGACCUUCCUCAAGACUUCUCUCUUCGGCGCGAUCAUACAGCUCGUCGAGCCAUCGCAAGGGGCCGCCGGUGGCCAGAACACGGCGCCUAUCACGAUGUGGGAAGGCAGCGAAGCACGACCGCAGCUCUUCGACACUCCCGAUUAUGAGGAGGAGAUUGGAGACGACCCAUAUAUCCCAAUCAAGCCCGCGAGGCGGAAAGAGCUGGAAGAGGAGGAGAUUGCUGCGCUGAAGAAACGACAACCAAAGCUGACGGAUUUUGUUCCGGAUGUAGGGUAUUUUGUUGCUGGAGGUGUGUCGGGAAUCACAUCCAGAACCGCAACCGCACCCCUCGAUCGCCUGAAAGUGUAUCUGAUCGCACAGACGGGCAAUGCUGAGGAUACAAAACAAGCCGUCAAGAGCGGCAAGGCUAUCAGUGCCGCCCAUCAUGGCAUGAGAACGCUGUGGAAUGCGUGCAAAGAGCUAUGGGCAGCUGGAGGCAUGCGGAGUCUUUUUGCUGGUAACGGCAUCAACGUGGUCAAAGUCAUGCCCGAGUCUUCAGUGAAGUUCGGUGCAUACGAGAUCUCAUCUUCCUCGACCUUCAUUGCCGGAGGAUGUGCUGGCAUGAUCGCGCAAGCUGUAGUCUACCCGCUUGACACGCUGAAAUUUCAGAUGCAAUGCGAGACUGUGGCUGGAGGAGAGCACGGCAGCAAGCUCAUUCUGCAUACGGCCAAGAAAAUGUGGGCAAGGAACGGCAUGGUCGCGUUCUACAGAGGCCUACCAAUGGGUCUGGUUGGCAUGUUCCCGUACGCUGCCAUCGACCUUAGUGUCUUUGAAACGCUGAAGAAGCGUAUGAUCGCAAGGAAUAGGCGCAACAACCCGAAUCUCAAGCACGACGAAGACGCGUUGCCCGGCAAUUUCAGCAUGGCGUUGAUGGGUGGUUUCAGUGGUGCGAUAGGAGCGAGCAUUGUUUACCCUCUCAACCUGCUGCGGACGAGACUCCAAAGUCAGGGCACGGCGAGUCAUCCGAGAACAUACACCGGUAUUGUCGACGUGACGCGACAAACGCUGCAGGGCGAAGGCGUGCGAGGACUUUUCAAAGGCUUGACGCCGAAUCUGCUCAAGGUGGUCCCGGCGGUUUCCAUCACUUAUGUCGUUUAUGAGAACACGAAGAAGGCGCUGCAUCUUUCAUGA